AUGGACGCUCGAGGCGAUAUAAGAGGAGAAAUCAAGUACUCCGACACAACCCGUCAGCGUCUUGUGUUCGACAUGGAGUCCCGACUGCAAGAAAACACUGAGGUCACAAUGGCCGAACUGAAACUUUUCCAGACAGCUGCACAGAAUCCAUCCAAACCUGAGCGAAGGCACCACAGACCCAUUAACAACGCCAGAGUGAGCAUCUACUGGGUGGAGGUGCUGGCAAAUGGCUCCAACAGAACAUCACUCAUUGACUCAAGACUGGUUCCUAUCCAUGAGUCUGGCUGGAGGAGCUUUGACGUGACUCAGGCUAUUCAUUACUGGUCUAAAGCCCAGAAGAAAGCACCUCUGCAUCUGGAGGUCUGGACUGAAGGAGAGAGACCUGGUAGCUAUGCCGCUGAGAUGGCCAAAAGAGUGCACUUUGCCACACAGGACCCGAAAGAAAACACCCUGGAAAAGGAUGUGGGUGCACCUGAGCUUGUGUUUUACACUUUAAACCUGGAUGAAUAUGGAUCUCAAGGGAACUGUAACUCCAGCCCAAACAGCAGCAAGUGUUGCCGGGAGGAGCAUUUCAUCAAUUUCCGUGAGCUGACCUGGACUCAGUACUGGAUCAUCGAGCCGGCCGGGUACCAGGCCUUCAGAUGUGCAGGCGGAUGCAAGCAGCCCAAACACAGUUACUAUGGAUACGGGCAGAGGACCUGUGCGGUGAUGGAGAGUGCACCGCUGCCCAUGAUGUACCUGGUGAAGAAAGGAGAUUACACUGAAAUCGAGGUGGCAGAGUUCCCGAAUAUGAUUGUUGAGAAGUGUGGCUGCUCCAUGGACAAAAUCUCUCCAGUCUGAGACUGUCUCAUGUUUACUCACAAAUUAGAAGUGAUGUUAUGAUUCAAAUGAUAUGUCUCAUAGUUAUUGACAAUCACAUUUUACAGUUCCCCACUGAGCACUUGAAAAUCUAAUUAUUUAUGAAUUAUUCAUUUAUGUAAUAUAGGCAUUUGAAAUUGCCUGUUGUUUGAUGUGUUUUCUGAACAAAUAAAA